AUGAAGGGGCAGUUUUUCUUUCGGCCAGACGGACCGUGUCGAACGCCGGCCCAGCCUAUCCUCUAUUGCGACAUCGAGUCUGAGUGUCUCGAACGGUAUCGUCCUGGAGGCUAUCACCCCGUCAAUGUCGGAGACACCGUGUCAGUCGGGGAGUUCAAAUAUUCCAAAGACUUGCUUCGAUUCCGGCAAAACAACAUGAUGGUCAGCGCCAUCCGCGCAAGCUUACUGACUCCUUUUUCCACGAUGGCCCCAAUGGCAGACAUCGAUGCACGACCAGGUUCCCAGAUUACCGAAAGCUUCCCGCGACGUAUCGUGGAGCCAGCUACGUUUCCUAUUUCAGAUGUGGCCGGCCAGGUACACGCGACGCUCAUCGAUUUUGAGCAAGCAUUCCUCCGCACCGAUCAGUCUCUGGCACACGUUCCGUACCCCGUUGAUUUUCAGAGCUCCAGAGACGCUGCUGGGAUCGACAUGGGACCUGCGGAUUAG